UGUCGGUCGCGACGCAGGCACAGUCGUUGUUGGCCCGUGAGCGGUAUCGUUGUCGAAUCGAACACCGUUUUGCACCGACGUCUCGAUCCUCGUGUUUCAUCGAACAGAAAAGUGACCGUUCGAUUCGCGGCCCGGCGGGGACCAAUCGGAGAAACAUCGGCCGAAGGAUGCGCGAGAGACGAUCGCGACGUGCGAACACCAGAUGUUCUUGUAAAUGAAUUUUGUUUCAAAUUUUGUUGCCAGUGAGAACCGAAUAUGUACCGAGUUUAAUUGGCACACAGUCGAUUGCCGUGUUCGAUUGCCAAAUUCAAAAAUCGUUUCCAAAAAUCCAGUCGAAAUGGUUCACGUUACAUCGGCGAAAGCGAUCUAUAUUUAAAACGGACACAAUCGUUUUAUGCAUUCCAAAGUAGAACAAUUUCAUCGAUCAUUGUAUUCGCGUACGAAUGUUGCUCCAGUUUCACCAAAUUUGCGGCGUAUCCGCUGUAUCGUCGCGCCGAAGCUACAAAGAUGGGUAAAAAAGGCCCGAGAAUUAGUCUACGCCGAGAGUUAGUCUCGGUUCUCCUGUGUUUCGCGUCGUAAACGACAAGUGAAAUCUCUAGAAGCCGCUUGUGAUUUGGAAAAUUCGUCCGAGUUCUUCUUCGUUCUCGAUAGACACCGAUCCUCGUCGCGGAAAGAUGAACUCCGGCUGGAAUUUGAGAGAAGCAACUCUGUGCCGUAUUCGGAAUUGGUGAUUUCACGCGAGUGAUCGGUCGCCGGGCACCGCGAACCUGCGGAAUCGUGCACGAAGUGGGUACAGCAAACACUACGGGACCAGUUACUGAUGUGUACGAGGAACAACCGAUCCGCGAGAGCAAGCCGGAUGAUAGCGACGGAACUGACUCUGUCAACGUGCUCGAGGAUCGUCGCCCGUUUUCGGAAGAUCGAAGGGGACCAGGGUUUAACGUGUUGUCGGUCGAUGCAGAGCGAUGUUCGCCAGAUCGGCCAUCCUUGUCGCGGCGCUCUGCCUCUGGACCACCGUCGGAGGCCAAUUUAGCGACAACACGCCACCCGUGAUGUCGAUAGACCGAAAUCUGGUGCUUCGGGACACCGAGCCUGUGGGAAGCGUCGUGACUAGGGCCCGCGCCGAGGAUAAUGAACAGGAUCAGCUGACCUAUGGUCUGGAAUCCAUUGGCCACAGCUACAAUGGCGAUGACAGUCCGCAACCGCCUCUUCCUUUCUUCAUCGACAACAGCACUGGCAUCAUCUACGUCAACGAAACGCUUAAAGAAAGGGGAGGCCAGAACCUGUUCCUCUACGUGACCGUCUCCGAUGGCCAGCUCACGACAAAGACCGAGGUCUACGUCACCAUUAAAAACACUUCGGGCCCCAAUGGAGGACACACCAGGAAUCCUUUCCCAGGGCAACACGGGCCCUCGGGCCGAAUAAGACCGCCUCUUCUGGGCCUGCCAAGCCUGCAGAACUAUCCGAGACCAGGAUUACCUCAUAAACCAGCGUUACCAUCGCCACCGGUGUCUAUACCGGUCUCCAUACCAAAAACAACCAGGUUGCAGCCGGAGGAGGCGAAGGAGCCCGAGGGGAAGAUAGAUGACAAUGCUGCCGGUCCUCACGUACGAUCUAUGGAGGAGAACGAGGUCGAGGGCCCACCAUUGAGCUCGAAAAUAACACCUGCCGAGGCACCACCCUCUCAAGACAUUUCGAUGACUUUGGUGCCAGUCACAGCUGUCUGCGUACUCGUGGUAGGCCUUGGCAUGGGUGCCUGGUCUCUGCGAAAUAAAUUCUGCAGCACUAAGAAAUCCAAAAAAGACACGAAAGAGCAAGCCUCGGUGAGUGUUUCGAAUAUAUCGGACGAUCCAUCUCUCGUUUUAAAAAGAUGGCGUGGCCCGAAGGCUCAUAACAAUCGAUACGAACCCUGGGAAAAAGACAGUCAAGCCGGUGCACAGAAUAAACAAGAAGAUAAAUGGGAAUUUCCUCGACACCGGCUGAAGGUCUUCAAUAUUCUCGGAGAGGGUUGUUUCGGACAAGUUUGGAAAUGCGAGGCCCUGGACAUAGACGGGAAGUCUGGAACGACCAUAGUCGCGGUGAAAACACUGAAAGAGAAUGCGACGGAGAGAGAACGACUGGAUCUCGCGCAAGAGCUCAGAGUCAUGAAGAAUCUGGAUCCUCAUCCUAACGUUGUUAGGCUGCUGGGCUGUUGUACAGAGCGCGAGCCUAUGUUCGUUAUAUUAGAGUACGUCAGCGGCGGAAAGUUGCAAAGCUUUCUGAGAGCGUCGAGGGAAGAAAGAAACCACGGGGGGCCUGGAUUAACGUCCAGGGAUCUGACUGGUUUCGUUUACCAGAUAGCCAAAGGUAUGGAGUACUUGGCGUCCAAAGGAAUCAUACACCGUGAUCUAGCCGCGAGGAACAUAUUGAUUGACGAAAACCGCGCGUGCAAAGUCGCGGACUUCGGGUUUGCCCGAGACGUGGCUGCCAAUCAAAUCUAUGAAAGGAAGUCUGAGGGUCGACUGCCCAUUAGGUGGAUGGCGCCAGAGAGCUUGUACGAUAACAUAUUUUCCGUGAAAUCGGAUAUAUGGAGCUUCGGCGUAUUGAUUUGGGAGAUCGUUACGUUAGGGUCAACGCCUUAUCCCGGAUUGGCUGCUGCGGAGGUGAUGAGAAGGAUCAAAGAAGGCUACAGGCUAGACAGGCCAGAACACUGUAAGAGAGAGCUGUACAACAUCUUGUAUUAUUGCUGGGACAAGGACCCAGCUUGCAGGCCCUCCUAUGGGGAACUGGUGGGACUGACAGAGGGCCUCUUACUCGACGAAACGGACUACAUCGAAUUGGACAGGUUCCCCGACCAUUCGUAUUACAACGUGCUCAAUCUUAGCGGUGAAAAAUUGUGAACGACACAGCUGAACUAUACGAUUUUCGUUGCUGCUGUGAGAAGAACAAAGUGCGUAAGCAAAAGUUUCAAAAGCAUCGACCGAUGGUUCUUGUGGAAUUGACGUGGCGUCUGUUGCGAGUCGAGCCAAAUAAUUAAUACUCUUGGUGAUCCUAAGAUAGAUUAGACUUUGUAAUCGUAGAAUUAACGGGUACGUAGAUCCGAUCGAUAAGGGCCAAACAUUGGCCCAGGUUCGCCGUGAUUAAUAUAUACA